AUGGCCAACGCCUCCCCCCCCCUCUCGCCCCGGACGACGCUCUCCGCCUCCACCCAGCCCCAGCCUGCCAUCCCCAGCCUGCCCCACGACAUCCUCGCCGCCGCCCACUGUCUCGCCCCACUCGACGACCUCCAUCUGGCCCACCUCGUCAACGAGCUCAAGCCGCCGCUGCCGGUCUGGUCGAUCUACUCCGAGCCAGCAUCGGCUGCAAACGAGCCCGCGGGAGGCCCGGUGAUCGAGUCCAACGACAGACUCAGACCCGACGAGCUUGCCGACCUGCCCGCCCCCGAGGCCGAACGGCUCCAUGCCGCAUACGACAUCGAGGACCAUCUCGACUGCUCGCCCGAUCGCCUGCUCGUCUUCGGCCCCUCCACGCCCCUCGCCGACCUCCUCAGACAGGUCAAGCAGGUCCUCAUCACCAACGCUUGCUUGCCAAACACCCUCGCCCGCAGCCAAACCAGGAACACCAACAACACUAUCAACCAUCCUCAUCUCGGCCCACCACCACCAUCAUCAUCAUCCUACGACCAGUCCGCCAACCAAGUCUAUGUCGCAAGGGUCUGGUUUCAGCCCAACGAGGGCCCCCACGGCCUGUACAAGUGGGCCAAGGGCGGCGCCGAUCUGAUCAGAUUCGAAAUCGCUCCCCACAUUGAUAUCUCCAGAGCUCAUGAACCUCACCCAGUCGUCAUCAAUUGGUGCCCCGUCGAAGUCGCUUUGUCGCAAGCCUUGGAGGUUGGCCAUCAACUGUUGGCGUUACUUCACUCCCGACAAUUUACAGAGAUCCUAGAGUGCAUACAAGACGAAUCGACGGAGUUCCGGGCGAUCAAUCCGAUCGUCUGGCUCGUCGACCCCUCCCACUUAUCUCACGAACUCUGGCCGCUCAACCACCAUGAUGACCACCAGCCUCAGUCGCCACCCGCGGACCCACAUCCUCCUGCUGCUGUGCCCUCCUCCUCUAGCCUUCCGAUCCACUCCAAACCCACCCCCAAAAAUCUCGCCGACGAUCUACCGAGCUGGCUAGACGAUUUGCUGGAUCGACGGCUGCCCCGGCUGUUGUCGCUGCCGGACGGCUGUCUGUCAUACGAGCUACUCCACCACGCUCAUCCAGUAAACACGGUAGCCCCCAAUGUCCAGCUGUCAAGCCUGCCGCCGGUCCUUCAUCACAACUGCCACCAUCCCCUGCAUCAACAUCCACAUCACAUCGGUCACCAUCGGAAGGGGAGCAGGAACGGCAGCGCCUCUCUGGCGGAAUGGCCCCCGAUCGACCAGGCCACGCCCGGAGCACCUUCCUCCCUCCCUCCCCCUUCUUCUUCUUCUUCGGCUGCCACUGCUGCGAACCACAUCAUCGAUUGUUUGCAAAGCUUCGCGACCGUGAUCGAUCAUCAUCUGCAUCCUCAGACCGACACAGCACCCAAACUGCCGACCGAGCUCUUCUGCUGCUCUUCAACUACUACGGCAAAUCACACCGCAAGGACCACCGCUCAUGAGCCGGUUAUCGGGCUAGGAAGUAAGGGCAAAGCGUUGAAGGAAGCCAUGGAUCGCGAAGACGAUGAAUUCAUCAGACAGCAGCGCCAUCUGAACCAUUCCCUCAUGCAAGUGUCUGCGACCGCUUCAGAAGACACGGGUCGUGCCCGGCUCGGGCCGUCCAAACACACGUGGGACGAAGGCGAAGACGUCGACGAUUGA